CUCACAAAAUGUCAGUGAUCGCAUCGGAAGUUAGAGGUAACAUCCAUUUUUUAUUUCUUCAAUCUGGACAUAUUGCAGGACGUCAUGACGAACGUUCCGACGCCAACUGGUUUGGAGACCGCGGUGGCAGAGAGAGCAACUCUUCCCCGUCGCCAUUCAAGCGUUUGUCGGAACUUAUUUGGACCCGUCGACCAUGAGGCGCUGAACCGGGAGUUGAAGGCGAAGCUGGAGGAAAUAUCUGAACGAGACCAGCGUCGAUGGAAUUUCCACUUCGAGACAGACGCACCGAUUCCCGGGAGUUAUGAAUGGGAAGGAAUGUCAGCGGAGUCGAUGCCCGCCUUCUACCAGGUGUCGGAAGUUGGAGCACGCAGAUUUGUUCCCAAGGAGAAGAUCAAUGUCUGAGAUGACUAGAGGCCCCCAGCACAAUUCUUCUCUCAAUUCCCCUUGAAGAAACGAGGGAACCCUUCGAUUAACCACGCUGACAAAUGCUACCAUCUGCCGCUUCUGCAGUUAAUAUUUUCCAUCUCGGGCCAAAAAGAUGGAGUAACCCUCCCAAAUAAGCAACAUAUGUUUAUGCCAAAGUAACGAUGUAUUUAAAAAAUAAUAAUUCAAUUAACUUGUGUUUAAUUUAUUACGUGUCUGAUUGUUUGAAAUUGCAUCUGUGAAAGACAAACUAUUUAGACUUUCUGUUCACUUUAUUGCAUUAGUGAGCCCUCUAAUGAUACUUAACCAUGUAGCAAAUUAAGCUGAUCUGCCGUUUUUGCAUUUUAUUUCCAUUGGACAAAAGAUGUAACUCACAAAUGGUGGCUUAGGUUUUUUGCCAAAGUAACAAUGUUUAUAAAUUAUUUUAUUUGAUUUCAACUAAUUUAUGUUUUAAUCCAAUUAAGUUUUCUGCGAUUGUUUAAAUGGUAGCUGGGGAAACUAUUAAAACAAUGUAGUUUA